AAUAGCGUGAAGUCUAAACGUAGAAACAUGUUACUAGUAACAAUAAGUUUGUUGGCCAUAUUUUCGGGAGCUUUGGGAGAAGCAGAAGACAGCGAUGAGAGUGAAGAUCUAGGCUUCGGUUUACCAGAUGAAACAACACUCACAUCGACCACAUCGAUCCCAUCGAUCACAACUGCCACAAUUCCUAAAACAGAAAUACAACGGAAAUGCGGCCUUUAUAACAACAAUACCUGUGUUAAGCGAUCUGAUUGCUCAACCACAAUGACCAGUGGUUCAAAACUCACCGUAGAUCUGAAGGUACGGUCGAAGAAUGGCUGUCAUUACCUUGAGGUUUGCUGUCAUCCCGAUGACAUGCUGACUCCAAUCAACGCGUGGAUUCCUUUAGGGUACGUGCAAUGCGGCAUUGGCAAUGUUGGUGGCAUGUUUAUGAACCUAAAAGGUGGUCGUCUGGAGACGAACCUCGCCGAAUACCCGUAUAUGGUGGCCAUUCUGGACACAAGUCACAGAUUUUUAUGCAAUGCUGUUUUGAUUGGCUACAAAGUGGUUCUCACAACAGCCACUUGCUUAGCUCCCGAGCAACCACUUGUCGUAAGGGCUGGGGAUUGGGAUCUGGCAAGUGAUCGCGAGUUCGUGCCACACGUGGACCUCAAUGUCGAACAUCAAAUUGUUCAUCAGCUAUUCAAUUGGGAAUCGACAAAACACAACAUUGCCCUACUGCUCCUUACAGAGGAGUUUCCUCGGGUCCAGCAUAUAAUACCCAUAUGCCUGGAACGCAGCGGCGUGGAUCUAGAUUACGACAGCUGCUUCGUCACCGGCUGGAAUUAUAGACUGACUAACAAGUUACAGCCGACUCGGAACAUUGUCCUAAGGCUCGAUGUGGACUUCGAGCAAACCAACUUCCCGAACACCUCCACCUCCACCGAUCCAGUUUUGGUUGCCGUUCCCCGACCUGAUCAGCCCACGUAUGCCAAAGGGGCUCCUCUAGUUUGUCCCACCGAGAGCAGCAGGUACUAUGUGGUUGGCGCCUGGAGCACCAGCCUCAAUGGAUCUAUACAGUUCACCGAUGUAAGGAAGUUCAAGGAAUGGAUUUAUCGGGAGGUACUUGCGUACAAUAUUGCACUUUAA